CUUUCGUUUAUACAACUAAUUUUAAUUUACGCUCUCUUGUACAAUAUUGCAUUUCCAAUUCUUUUUUUCUUUUUUUUCCAAUCUCAAAUCUAUUUAUUUGCAAACAUGCCCAGCCCACUCGAAGACUGGUACCUGCGCAUCCCCAUAUGCACUCGCGUCUACCUAACCAGCAUCGUCGCAGUCACUCUCGCUGUCCAACUCGACUGGUUCACCCCGCACCAACUCCUCUAUACACCCACAUAUACCUUCAGCAGGGGCGAAUACUGGCGACUUCUCACCACCUUCCUCUACCUAGGUCGUUUCUCCCUGGACAUGUUCCUCAACAUGUACUUUAUCAUCCAGUACUGCCGCGACCUCGAAGAAGGCUCCUACCUUACAAGGCCGGCGGACUUUGCCUACCAUAUGGUGCUCCUGGGAGUCACCCUGUUGGUCGUUGGGCCAAUAGUUGGUGCGUACUUUUUGAGCCAUAUGUUUGUCACCGCAUUGACUUAUAUUUGGUCUAGGUACCAUGCCCAUAUUUUCAUUAACUUCAUGGGGCUCAUUACCGUACCUGCCGCAUAUUUCCCUUGGGCGAUGGUUGCUUUUUUGUUGGUUGUCGAGGGCGCGUGGCCGGUUAAUGAGUGUGUGGCGAUGGGGGUGGGUCAUUGCCUGUGGUUUUUGGCCGAUGAAUGGCCGAAGAGGCCAGAGAGUGGCGGAAAAACUUUAAUUUCUGCGCCUGCUGUUCUUUGUCGCUGGUUGGGCCAGGAUUUGCCCAGGAACGAGACUGAUGAUGAUGAUGAUGCUGCUGUUGUUGAGGAGCCGCUGCCUGCCUAUGCUGAGCCAAAUCAUCAACGCAAUGAGGAUGUGAAUGUGGCUCAGGAUAAUAUUGAUGACGAUGACGAUAACCGGACGUUGUUGCGCCGCAGAGCACCCGCACUCAACACACAAGACCACAACUAGAAGAAAAACAUCUUUCUUCCAUCUCCACCAUAUAAUCUUCCUUCAUUUCAUUAGCUGCAUCAAUACAAUACAUUACAAUUUAUUUUUAUAUUUAUUUAAAUAUAAA